AUCAAUCUUAAAUCACCUCUCGCAUUCGUUCUUCUUCUCUCUGUGAUCGAUCGAUCAAGAACAAGAAGAAGAAGGAAUCCGAUCUCUCUCACUCUCGAGCACUCAACGAUCGAUCAAUCGAAUCGCUGUGAUCUCUUUUUCUUUCUAAUUUACUUAAAAAUUGUUUCUUUUAACUGCUCGCUAACGCUUUCUUUGUUGCAGGAAGAAAUUCUAGGGUUUCCACUGCUAAUUAGUUUAUUUAUUGGUUUUUCUUUUAAAAGUUUGCUGCUUUCUAACACUUUCUUUGUUGCAGACAAGCGGACGAGAAUUCUAGGGUUUCAAUUCUUCCUAGCUUGUUAUUUUCCCCUUUUAUACGUAUUCUGUUAAUUUACAAUGGAUGCAGGGUCUUCCUCUACUGUUAGAGGCCGAUCAAGAAUUGGGUACCGCUCUCUUCAUCCUUUCCUGCCCAUCAACGGAAACCCUCGUCCUUACCGACACAAUGCUGAGAGGUACAUCCCGAAUCGGUCUGCUAUGGAUUUCGGUUUCGCCCGUUAUCAGCUUACUCAGUCAGCACCAGACAAGGAGGGGGAAAAUGCAGCGACAGAAUCAACUUCUCCGUCGUCGAAAGAUGCAUACCGGAAAUGUCUCGCAAAGGCUCUCGGGGUGGACAGAACCCGCAUCCUCGCCUUCAGGAACAAACCACCACUGAAGACUCCUCCUUAUGCUGAACAGUACUCUCCUCCUCCUCCAAUGAAGCAUCGAAAGCGGCAGAGGUCCAUCCCUCUGAAACCAGAGAGGACCUUGGAUCUACCCGGCUUCUUGGAUGAUUUCUAUCUCAAUUUGUUGGACUGGGGGAGCAAGGGUGUCCUUUCAAUCGCCCUUGAGGAUACGGUUUACUUGUGGAGCAACGCAAACGGGGGAUCUACAUCAGAGCUGGUAACUGUGGAUCAAGAGAGUGGGCCCGUGACGAGUGUCUGCUGGGCUCCGGACGGGGAGCGUAUCGCUGUUGGGUUGACAUCUUCUGACAUCCAGCUGUGGGAUUCUCAGUCGAAUCGCUUGCUGAGGACUCUGCGAAGAGCCCACGAAUCCAGAGUCCUCUCUCUUUGUUGGAACGGAAGCAUCCUGACAUCUGGUGGGGAAGACGGGAAGAUUGUCAACCGUGACGUGAGAACUCGAUCACAAGUCAUCCAGCGAUAUCAAGGGCAUCAAGGAGAAGUCUGCGGUCUGAAAUGGUCGAGCUCUGGGGAACAGCUUGCAAGUGGAGGCAAUGACAGAUUGAUCUACAUAUGGAACCUCUCGAUGUCCUCAUCAAGGCCUCAGAAUCAGAACCAGUGGCUCCACCGGUUUGAAGACCAUACAUCAGCCGUGAAGGCCCUUGCUUGGUGUCCAUUCCAGAGAAAUCUGCUCGCAUCUGGCGGAGGCGACAAUGACCGUUGCAUUAAGUUCUGGAAUACAAGUACCGGAGCUCGUUUAAAUUCUGUCCACACUGACUCUCAAGUGUGCUCUCUUCUCUGGAACAAGAAUGGCAGGGAAUUGUUAAGUUCUCACGGGUUUACAGACAAUCACCUGGCUCUCUGGAAAUACCCGUCAAUGACUAAGAUGGCGGAGCUUACUGGUCACACCUCUCGAGUUCUACAUAUGGCUCCGAGCCCAGAUGGGUCCAUGGUAGCAUCUGCAGCAGCUGAUGAAUCACUGAGAUUUUGGAGAGUAUUUGGAGAUCAUGAUACGCCGAAGCCUGCAGCCAAUCCCACAGGUUCUGAGGCUUCUGGUAAUUUCAGCAGAUAUUUUAUCAGGUAGAUGUCGAGAGGAAAAGCUGGGCUGAGCCGUAAACCUGAAAACUUAGCCUGGUUGUGAUAAGUUUGAGGAGAGAUUGUACAAUUCUCACGUCCUGCAGUUAACUCCUGGGAGAUGAAACAAUGAGAUGUAUAGAUCGAUAUGCUUUUGGACAUUACAUUGUAAAAAGCUGAAGAUGAAACACUGAGAUUGUGGAGAGUAUUUGACGUUCGUGGUACUCCAAAGCCUGCAGCCAAGAUGAGAUAUUCCGAGCAUUUUGGAAAUUUCAGCACAUAUUUUAUUAGGGGUGAGAUGGAACAAUUAUGGCCUCAUGCAGUACCAGGAGAGAAAUGAAACACUGAUACGUAUAAUGUAAGUAUCAAUACAAAGGAUUUAUAUUCAUUAAAUAAGGUUUUAGUAGUCUAGUU